GGAGAAUGAAAUUUGUAUAUAUCACGUGACUUAACAUGCGCACUCUAUCUCGUGACCAUCCCCCAUCCAGCAACCCCUCGUUUCCGCUCGCACCAUCACAGUUCUAGUCCUUUCUCCCUUUCUUCCGAGCCAACUAUGAAUCUCUCCAUACGUCACAUCCUCCGGCCCUGUUUAUACUCUUUCCCAACGCUCACACCUCGCUACAAAACUUUUCCAAAACUUUUACCAUCUAAUGCAGUAUACCAUGUACGCCAUUUACAACUUCCCGCAGUCACAAAUUCCUCGGAAGAAAAGUGCUCCUCGGAAGAAGAGGCCACCCUAGAAGAGAAUACCAUCCCUGGAGCACAUACCCGUCUAGAGGAGGAAGCACCCCCAGAAUCCACAUUAUCUCCUCUUACGGACAUCACUUCUAACUCUUCCAAAGUACCAAAAUGGGAGGCCCGCAAAGAAGCAGAACACUCUUCCGAUCUCUCCUAUAUCACAAUACAGCAGUCACUUAGACCCCUUUUGAAGGAAAAUGGUGGGAAAUGGGUUUUGACCUCUGAUGGAAUGGGGAUGAGGAGGAUUUUUACGUUCAAGGGAUUUAAGGAUACUUGGGUUAGUUCUUUCUUUACAAUUUUCUACUGCUGGGAAUGCUACAUUUGUAUAUAGAUUUGAGGUUUAGAUAGAGAGGGUUUGAUUGGGCUUACUGGAGUUUUGUGCGAAGAUCACCCUAAGAGGAGAGUUAGGAUGAUAAGUAUCAUUUGGUUCAUCUCCUGAAACCUUUUCCCGGAGAGAACUACGAAAAUUCCACUACUUUGCGUCAAUCAACCUACGAAAUGUCGAGAGAAAUCAAAAGUUGGCAUCAUCACUAACACAACAAUUAACCCUCAGAACUUCAUGAAUGCUAUAGCAGCAAAAUGCAAACAAGAAAAACAUCACCCAGAAUGGGUUAACGUGCGUCUCUUACAUCUCCUCUUACUUUUCCUGUUACCUAACACCUCCCAGAUCUACAACAAAGUAUUCAUCCGCUGGACUACACAUGAUCUCCCCGGUCUAAGUUCCAGUGAUAUCCUCAUGGCCACAUUUUGCGACGAACAAGCUACAAUACACAAAGAAGUUAAAGAACAGGAAAGCCAAAAGGAAGCAUCGGAUGACAUUGAAAUUACCAAGAACGAGGAAUUUCUCAAUCAUGCUUGUGAGGUCGGAAACAAGAAUGGAUCCGAAAACCCCAAGACCCCUACCGUGACUCUGGAAAAAGCACCCACUCCAGUGAAUAAAGCAACAGCAACCCCAAAGGAAAAAUCCAAGACCUCAAAAUACUCCGAGGUUUACCAAAAAAAUAAAGAGAUGAAAAAGCUACAGGCAGAAGAAAAAGCCAUGCAAAGAACCAUCGACAUGACGAACAUACUCCGAGAAGCCGGAGAAAUACGCCGAAGACGCGAAGCCCACAAACAACUACUCCGACAACAUAAAGAGCGGAGGGAGAAGAGAGAAAGAACCGAGAAUGGCGGAUUUCUCUUAUCCAAGAUAUCGGGCGGCAAAAAAAACGAAAAGUUGAAGGAGGAGAGGAAGGAGAAGAGGAGGAUUGAACAUCAGAAUUUAAUGAGGGAGCAUGAGGAGCAGAAGAGGUUGAAGGUUUCGAGACAUCAGGAGCGGUUGAGGAGGCAUAGGGGGGAAAGUGGAUUGGAAAAUGAAGCGACGGGGAUGAAAAUAGAUUGAGGGGAUGAAGUAUGAGGAGAAUGAGGAUGAGAAUGAGAAUGAAAAGGAGAUGGAGCAUGAAAAUGAAAAAAGGGAAAUGGAGAACGAUAAUAAUGAAUAAAUAACCACUCAAGAUAUUCCAGACCUGUACAAAUGAAAAGAGCAGAGUUGUUUCAUUCAAGUCAAGCAUAUUCAUUAUUUAAGUACACCAAUUCUCAUACUCAAACCCGU